GGUUACGAUAUCUUUUGGCUGAGCAAGAAUGGACCCGGACGCCCAGGCGGCGCUUGCAGCGAUCAUCCGAGAGGACCACCACGCGCCCUUGCCGCGCCGCGCGAGCCUCGCAUCGUCGGCGGAUGGCAGCUGCAGCUCUAUGCGCAUGUCGCGCCACUUGAAUCUUGCAGACGACGAGUUGUCGCUGCCGAUCAGCGAAGACGUGCCCGCAACCAUGGAUGCGACCAACAAGAUGCUGCGCCGGCGUCGACUCUCGUCGCUCAAGGCCAAAAUCACGCGCCCGGGCUUCCACGAGAUGCACCGCGUUUCGGGCGUUCUCAAGAUCGACCCCAAGCUGCGGCUGGUGCCAUUCGACCGAAGUGCACUCCCGGAAUUCCAAACGCUGCUUCGGCCAUUUGAGGAUUCUUCUGCUUCGAGCGACGUCCAUGCUGUGCUCGCGACCUUGAACGACCUGCUCGAAACCAUCAUCUCGAGCAUGCUGGAUGACCAAGAUACGCUCAACAACUCGAUGCUGGCGCGCGAGGUAUCGGUGCAAGCCGUGGCGCUUUUCGUGAGCGGCAUCGACGACCUCGCAGCAGCCUCAACGACGGCAGGAGGUGCGCACCUGCGGGACAUGGCCUACCGCCUUGGUGCUAUCGACGCCUUUGUGCGCACGUACUUUUUAAACGAGAUCCACGAGCUCGAGCAAGUGGUCAACAGCCUCGAGGACUCGCUUGAGACCGCAACCAAGAUGAAUGCGCAGCUGCAAGCCAACGUGGCGUCGACCGACGACCGCCACAAGCACAAACUCGCCGAAAUGCAACUGCUGGCCGUCGUCAACCAAGCGAGGGCACGGGCCCGGACGCCGGCGCUCGCCACAACCAUCGACUCGAAGCUCGAAGAAGCGCACCACGAUCUGCUGAAGGCGCAUCUCACGCUUGAAACAGCGCACGCCCGGCUCGAAACAUCGCACAAGACGCUGCUCACCCAGCACGAGACAGCGCUGCUCGACUUGGAGCAAGCGCAGCGCAAGGUGUCGAUUCUCACGCACGAUGUCGACGAACUUUCACAGCCACUCUUGCUCGACACGGAGCUCCAACAGCUCCAAGCAGAGCUUCUCUGUGAGCGGCGGCGAGUCAAAGAGCUCGAGUUUGACAUGGUGCAGAUGCGCAUGCGGCAGAUCGACGCAGCGCGCGUCAAGGUGACGCGGGCGUCGGUCGUGACGCGUAUUCGACGGGCCACUGACCUCGGUGUGCUCCCGACGCCCCAAGAGAUUGCUAAUCUGACUGCCAACGUACUUGAGUAUGACAGCGACGAGGUUGACGAAGCCGAUUUGCCAGAUAUUUCGUUCGAGACGCUCAUGUCCAAGGACCCGGCCAAGCGGCUUUUAAGUAUGCUCAACUACUCGCUACCGACGCCACCACAACCGCCAGCAGCACUGCGGCAGACGCCCAACGCCGAGGUCCUUGCCAACGUCGCGUCCGCCGUCUCCAAGCUCAAGUUGCACGCCCACGUCGAGGCGAGUGCGGUCCACGCGCUCAUGCAAAGCGCUGCGCCGUCCGACCUCGCCUUUGUCCGCCAGACGAUUUCGGAGAUUUUUGAGCGCAAGCGGCUUCUGGACGAGUGCGCAUCGAUCGCACACGAACCGCGCGAGACGCUCGUCGAGAUUGUCGUCGGGUUCCACUUUGCAAAAGAAGCGAUUGCGUUUUUGGAUUUGAUUUCCCGCCUCCGGCCCAUGUAUGGGGACAUCCGCAUCUUUGCCGAGUUUAUCGACGGCGUCUAUUCCAACGAAGUGCUCGACUUUUACGUCUGGCUCGUCCAGUCGAUGGACCAGAUUUCGAUUGGUGCCGAGCUCGAUUCGCGACCUGAAGUCCAUCCCCACUACAUUUCCAAAUGCAAAGCGACGCUCCUCACGCGGACGCUCUUCCGGACGCUGCGGUUCCGGACGUGUGGGUUUGCCAACGAGGAGUCGCGAACGACGUCGUUGCUCCAACGCCACCCGUCGCUCGACGCCAUGUACGACUGCCAACGACUCUUCGACCAGACGACGGCGCGGGGGCCGAUUUACCUCAGCGAAUUCCACGACCUUCUCGAUGUGUUUGGCGUGCAUUUCCACGGCGACGAAUGCUACCCACUCGACGUCUUCUUGUAUGCAUUUGUCCUCAUGUACAAGAAGCAGAAAGACUGGUUCUUCGAGUCGGUCCGUCUCCUCUUCAACCAAGUGCAUGACGAAGCGAUUGCGUUGGAAGCGCGCCAAAAGGCGCUCGAAGCCGUCGAGUUGCGUCAAACCGAAGCCACGAAAGCGCGCCGCCGGGCCAGCGAGCUCUCAAAGCCCCAAAAGAAAACACGCAAGGUCCCCAAGCGCCGUAAGGGGUCGACCUCUGACUCUCGCAAGACCGCGGUCUUGACCACGGUCCAGUUUGCCGUCGUGCUCGCUCGCCUCGACGCGCAUUUGUCGUUUGGGCAAAUGACGGAAAUGACGCUCAAGGUUCUCUUGACGCGGCGCUUUUACUCGCACGGCAUCACGUACGACGCCUUUGUGUACACGGCCACGUCCCUCGGGUGGUUCCGCCCCGACUUUGUCUCACUGCCCACGCCGUUUACCGACAUUUCAAUUUCGACUGAAGAAAAGGCGUCGGCCCACGCCGCGCUGCAGUACGCCUGGGAUACGCAUGUCGCGAGCAUUUACGUCGCGUGCGAAGGCGACUCGAACCCAUUUGUCGCCACGCACGUCAUGCAAAUCAAGCAGCGGCUCGUCAAAGCGCUGAGCGCCAACGACCACGCCGAGAUGGACCCGCUCCUAGCGCUCAGUCUGCUUCGGCACCUCGUGCACGUGUGCUGGCGCGUCGGUGCUGCCCGCGGCUUUCGGUCGCGCCACGUCGAGCCGGGCAGCGGUGCUGGCGGCGACCACUUUUACAUCGCCGAGCUCGCGCGGUCGGACGAGCUCAUUUUGAUUGCGAAAGGGAUUAUGGCGAUCCCCGAUGCGGUCACGGGCUGCCAGGUAUUUAACGCAGCGCUGUACACAGCGCCGUCGUCAGAUUUCAUGACGAAUUUCUCGCACAUUGAUCCGGCGCGCAUUCGGGACCUCUUCCCCGACCACUGCAUCCAGACCAACGAGUGCGUCGCGAUCGACAGCGUCCUCCAGCGCUACGCGUGGCAGCUCAACGACGUAUAUCGGUCGUACUCGCUCGUGUGCAACAGCCUCAGCGGCAUCACUCUCGACGGCUUUGGCGAGCUCAUGCACGACCUCGGGCUCAGCUCGAGUCACUUUACGACGGUGCACAUGACUUUGGUUUUCUCGGCAGUCGUGAGUCGACAGCAAGAGACCGAUCGGCUCCUCGCAACGAGCUUCAUCGAGCUCCUGAUUCGUCUCGCAACCGAAAAGCACGCAGUCGAGCGGCCGUUCAUGGAUCGUAAACAGCCCAAGCUGCAGCUAAUGCUGCAGCCUGAGCGCAUCGCGAUCUUGCUCGAAGACCUCUGCACGCGGUACGUCUUGCCCAACAUUUGCCAAAACCUCUCAAUCACGUUUCGACGGCAAGUCGCGGCGCCUGAGCUACAGCGCCUCUUGAAUCAACACCGCAACUUGCUCCGACGGCUCUAUUUGUACUAUUGCCGCCAGGACGUGGCCGACAUGGAAGCGUGGAAGAUGAAUUUUGGCGAAUUCGAGCGAUUUAUUGUCGACUUUGGCCUGAACGACGCCGUCUUUUUCCCAUCGAGUAUGAACCUCGUCGUCUUUACCGCGUGCCAAGACGACUUGAACGAAGGCCAGUUCAUCUACCAAGAGUUUGUCACGGCCAUCAUUGCGAUCGCGCAGAUGAAGGACACCAACCCGUUCCUCAAGUGGCAGCGCAAGACGAGCAACUUUAUUCAUACGCUCAUCGACUACAUCUCGCAUCCCGACCGCGCCGUCAAAUUCCGACUCAUUCUAUCGUAA